AUGGGGAAGGAGAGGUUGCUUGGAAAUACGUAUUCCAGAAUUCCCAACCCAGUACAGCUCCAAGAGACUGUGAAAAGGAAGUUGGAAGGAGCCCGAUCACCACUUAAUGGAGACCAGCAGAAUGGUGCUUGCGAUGGGAGCUUUUCUCCAACUAGCAAGCGAAUACGAAAGGACAUUCCCACGGGGAUGGAAGCCAUCAACAAUUUACCCAACAACAUGCCACUGCCUUCAGCUUCUCCUCUUCACCAACUUGACCUGAAGCCUUCUUUGCCCUUGCAGAAUAGUGGGACUCACACUCCUGGGCUUCUGGAAGACCUGAGUAAAAAUGGGAGACUCCCAGAACUUAAACUUCCUGUGAAUGGUUGCAGUGACCUGGAGGACAGCUUCACCAUCGUGCAGAGCAAAGAUCUCAAACAAGAACCUCUUGAUGACCCUACUUGCAUAGACACAUCAGAAACCUCUCUUUCCAAUCAGAACAAGCUGUUCUCGGACAUUAACCUGAACGAUCAGGAGUGGCAGGAGUUAAUAGAUGAACUGGCCAACACCGUUCCUGAAGACGACAUACAGGACCUGUUCAAUGAAGACUUCGAAGAGAAAAAGGAGCCGGAAUUCUCGCAACCGGCCACGGAGACCCCGCUAUCCCAGGAGAGCGCCAGUGUGAAGAGCGACCCGUCUCACUCUCCUUUCGCUCACGUCUCUCUGGGCUCCCCCCAGGCCAGGCCUUCCUCUUCGGGUCCUCCCUUCUCCACCGUCUCCACGGCCACCAACUUACCUUCCGUGGCCACCACUCCCGUGGCGCCCAACCCCGCCAGCUCCCCCGCAAACUGUGCUGGCUCCGACCUGUCCCCCGCCGAGCAGCUCAAGCAGAUGGCCGCGCAGCAGCAGCAGAGGGCCAAACUGAUGCAGCAGAAGCAGCCGCAGCACUCCAGCCAGACUUCCAGCUGGUCUCCCUUGGCGCCGCCAUCCAGCCCCUACGGAGCAGCUUUCUCGGCGGAAAAGCCAAAUAGCCCCAUGAUGUACCCCCAAGCCUUUAACAACCAAACUCCUAUAGUGCCUCCCAUGGCCAACAACCUGCAGAAGACGACAAUGAAUAACUACCUCCCUCAGAAUCACCUGAAUAUGAUCGCGCAGCAGCCAAAUAACGUGGGUACAAACUCCUUAAGCAAACAGCACAACAUUCUGACUUACGGCAACACUAAGCCUCUGACCCACUUUAAUGCCGACUUGAGUCAGAGGAUGACGCCCCCGAUGGCCAAUCCCAACAAGACCCCCCUGACGCCCUACAUCCAGCAGCAGCCCCCGCAGCCGCAGCCCCCGCAGCCGCCCGCGCCUCAGCUCCAGGCCCCCAGGGCGCACCUGAGUGAGGACCAGAAACGCGUGCUCCUCAUCAAGCAAAAGGGAGUGAUGAGUCAGCCCACGGCUUACCCGGCGCUGCCAUCCCACGGCCAGGAGCAGCACCCAGCCGUGCUUCCCCGAACCACGGGCCCCAUGCAGUCCUCCGUGCCCCCGGGCUCAGGGGGCAUGGUCUCCGGAGCAGGGCCCGCGGGGCCAGGCUUCCUGGGCAGCCAGCCCCAGACAGUCCUCAUGAAGCAGAUGCUCAUUGACCAGCGGGCCCAGCUGAUGGAGCAGCAGAAACAACAGUUCCUGCGGGAACAGAGGCAGCAGCAGCAGCAGCAACAGCAGAUUCUUACGGAGCAGCAGCUGCAGCAGCCGCACUUGCCCCGCCAGCAUCUGCAGCAGCAGCAGCGGAAUCCCUACCCAGUGCAGCAGGUCGCCCAGUUUCAAGGGUCUCCCCAGGAUAUAGCAGCUGUGAGGAGCCAGGCCGCCCUCCAGAGCAUGCGAACUUCACGGCUGAUGGCACAGAACGCAGGCAUGAUGGGAAUGGGACCCUCCCAGAACCCAGGGACAAUGGCCACAGCGGCCGCCCAGUCUGAGAUGGGACUGGCCCCUUACAGCCACACAGCUACCAGCCAACCAGGAAUGUACAACAUGAGCGCAGGCAUGACCCAAGUGCUGCAGCACCCAAGCCAAAGCGGUAUGAGUACCACACACAGCCAAGCCCAGGGGCCGCGGCAGCCCACCUCCGGGCAAGGGGUUGGGAUGGUGAGUGGGUUUGGUCAGGGCAUGCUGGUGAACUCGCCCAUGACCCAGCAGCGCCAGCCGAUGAAGGGGCCGGUAGGCCAGGCCUUGCCCAGGCCCCAGGGCCCGCCGAGGCUGCAAAGCAUCAUGGGAACGGUCCAGCAGGGAAGCCAGAGCUGGCAGCAGAGAGGCUUACAGGGGAUGCCUGGGAGGACUAGUGGAGAGUUAGCAUCAUUCAACAAUGGCGCCAGCUACCCACUGCAAGCCGGCCAACCGCGGCUGACCAAGCAGCACUUCCCCCAGGGUCUGAGCCAGGUGGUGGAUGCGAACCCUGGCGGGGUGAGAACGCUCAACCCGGCUGCCAUGGGUCGGCAGAUGAUGCCACCGCUCCCGGGGCAGCAAGGCGCCGGCCAGGCCAGGCCCAUGGUCAUGUCAGGCCUGAACCAGGGCGUUCCUAGCAUGCCAGCCUUCAGCCAGCCCCCGGCACAGCAGCCGAUGGCCAGCGCCAGCUUUGCCUCCAGCAGCCAGAGCCAAGCCUAUGAGCGGAACCCCCCUCAGGACAUGUACAAUUACAGCGGUGACACGGCCGGGGCGUCCUUCCCCGGCCUCUCGGACGGCGCUGACCUUGUGGACUCCAUCAUCAAAGGUGGGCCGGGGGACGAGUGGAUGCAGGAGCUCGAUGAAUUGUUUGGAAACCCCUAGUCAGGAGCGGCCCUGGCCACCACAGCUCCAGUGGUUUAAAGCUCCAACCGUGAAAAAGAAACAGGAUGUCACUGCAUCCUUGUUUUUUUGUGUUGUUUUUUUGACCCACGUGAUCUGAGCAAAGCUGCAGUCAGCUGACUGUGGAAGAUCCAGGCCGCCAAUCCACAGCCCCGCCGGGCCCCGUUUCACCUGAUUUUCACACAGCAAUGGAGACAGACACCCUGCGGACCCUGCUGCGAGAGAGGGGGACACACCAGAGGUGGGCAGGGAAGAUGAUUCCCGAGCCCUCAGCUUGGCACUCCCUGUGAUCACCCAGCCCAGCAAGAGUCGCUGCAGCCAAGACAGACUGGGGCCCCACGUGAGGUGGCUGUCAGAGCCUCCUGGCCUUGGCCCGGGUCUACAGCUUUGGAGACCCAGAGGGGAGAGAGCCUGGGGCCGAGAGUCCCACGGAAGCCCCUGGGUGGUGGCGCAAGCCAAGAGCACAGGUCAGAUACACACUGAACUCUGGCUGCAGAGAGAUAUCAGCCUUCAAGACACGCUACUGGGCUUGGAGGGAAGGUACAAAGAACAGUGAGAUGUCACAGGAAGACAGGAGACCCCACAGCCUGUAUCCUGCUCAUGAUGACCUGCAGGAACCUUAGAGCUUGGAGAAGGGUCCUGGCAGUCCUGGGCGGGCAGCCCUCUGCUGAUGACCGUGGUGGCUAUUACUCCGGGGAGUUGGCCUGGAGCUUCCUGGGGGCCCGGUACGACCCGAUACGUCUCAGCGGGUCCUUCUGCUCCCGGAGGCCGAGGAUGGGGAGGCCCAGGGUGGACGCUGUGUGUCUUGUCAGUGUGGCCGCCUUCCCCCGAGCUGGUCCCUGCCCUGUUCCUCUUCACCUCCGCCCCAGCCUGCCUGUGCUGGUCCUUGCAGACUAUCCGAGAAGAAAUGAAGCUUUUGUCUUUAGGGAGCCUGGGCGGAGGGAAAAUAAGAGCAAGAAGAACUUAGACAAUGCCUGAAAUGCAAAGGCCACACUGGAGUUUUUCUUUCUCUGCCUGGAACCGAGCGGGUUGCUCUGCUGCUCGGUGGUGGGUUUCCAUGAGCUGCAUCUGAUGUUUCUGGGACGCUAGGAAGGACCAGCCUGGACAUCACUGGCUCUGGUUCCCUUUGGGAAAAUCCCAGGGGUGAUGCUCUUAAAGCAGCCUGACCCUUCAUCCCUGCUCAUCAGAAAGACAAAUCUCAAGCCCUGAAAGCUGAGGAACUGAAAAACCCAUUGCUCCACUUCACACAUUUUGAUAGUGAAAAGAGGGAAGGUAUGGUUCCUUUCCUUGAGCAAAGCAAUCCCCUCUUGAAGUUCUGUACAGUUGUUCUUUGUGUAAUUCACUCAGAUCUGUCCUAAGUGAAGUCUGUUGGAAGGGAUCCACAACCUCUGCUGCUGGAGGGCUGGUCUCAUCUGCCCUCCCCUCCCCUCCCACUGGCCUGUUUUGGAGGCCACGGGACAUAGUUCUUGUCCUAAGUGAGUGAGCGUGGCAUAAGCUUUUCUCCUGCCAUCCCUUCCCUCCAUGUCCAAAAGGCAGGCUUGCUUCUGUGCACUCACAUGUCACUUGCCACACCAGAGCCCCUGCCCAGCCUGGGGAGUCACACUGGGGGCAGGUCCUGGGACUGAAGCGGGUAAAAAUGAAGCGCUGGGACAGAGGAUGUAGAGAGGCAGCAGGCAGGCAAACACUGCCCGGGGCCUGCUCGCCAAGUACCAAGGUCACAGCUCUCCUCGGCAAGGGGCAGCCUGGAGACCAGAGCGGGCCACGUGGGCGAGGACCCGGGUCGGGGCUGCGGUCCCUGGGGGAAGAGGUGGUGGCGGGCUGACCAUGAACUUCCUGCGUGGGGAGGGCCACUGCCAGGGGAGCUCUCAAAUGGAAGCAGAUGAAAACCAAAAACAAACAAGAGAAAUUGAAGAAACGAGAAGACACAGAAAUAUAUAAUUACCUUUUUCUGAAAGGUACAGGAAAUAAAUAUAUAAGCAAUGAUGAGGAACUGGAGGUGGCUGAUGGAGGGGGGCAAGGGGGCCUCUGUUCUCCCUUAAAAGCUUCCUCCGAAUGCUCAGUACUGGGACCAACUACAUAGAGAGGUAGAUUUUAAUAAGGUGGCUUCGUUUUGUUUUUUGUUUUUACCACGGUGCUGAUGUAUAUGUAAUGUCUAAAAAAAAAGUUAUUUGUAAAUAAGUUUUUACAAUACUACAGAUAUCACUGGGUCUACUAUCUGUAAAAAAUAUACAUAUAAAUAUAUAUAUACUGUUUGUUUAAAAUAGAGUAUUUUUAUUUCAUUCCUUAACUCAUCAUCCCAGCAGUGGUAUUGCACUUCAGAUGAUAUCGAAUUACUAAUUUGUACUGUAUGAUCUAUGGCAACUUCCUCCAUUUGAUUCAGAUUUUUCUAGUUUUCUGGUUUUACUUUGUACAUUGAGCAUUGCUUCUUUCCUUUUGAGAAAUGUACAGAACUUGGAAAUGUAGAAAUGAAGUGAUGUUGGCAUACCACUUUUAAAGAAAAAAAAAAAAUAAAAGAUCGUUAUCUGAACCAA